UUCAGCCAGAAAUUAAUGAAGCCAUGCCUGUUUCUGAAAGCCAGACAGGUGAAUCUGGUACACCAUACUAUAGAAGACCAUCGGCGACGACAGUGCAAAGUACGAUGAACCAGGCUCCAAUUCCCGAUGAGUUCCCGACUGAAAUGAUGGCCCCAGUGCAGGCUCCACAUCCAGUUUUUGCACCAGAUCCAACUCUAUUUCCAGCACCUUAUCCUUACCCGAUACAGAGUGUUGACCAAGACAUUCCCAUGAUGCAAAUACCGGCGCCCUUUUAUGAUGCUAUGAUGAACCAGCCUCAACUUCCUGGACCACCUCAUUUUGGUUAUCCUGCUGUGCUCCCGAGUGAAAUGAUGGCUCCAAAUUGGUUUCCACAUCCAAUCACUUUUGAUCCAAGACCACCUCCAAUUCCACCGGUUUAUCCUAACCCGAUCCGUUUUAGAAACCAAAUUGUUCUCAAUAAGCGAGCACGGCAGCGACCUCUCGCACCAGGUGCGAGGCGGCCCUGGGACAAUACUAUGAUGAACCAGCCUCAAUUUCCUAGACCACCUCGUUUUGGUUAUCCUACUGUGCUCCCGAGUGAAGUGAUCGCUCCAAAUUGGGUUCCACAUCCAAUCACGUUUGAUCCAAGACCAGCUCCAAUUCCACCGGUUUAUCCUAACCGGGUCCGUUUUAGAAACAAAUUUGUUCCCAAGAAGCGAGUACGGCAGCGAAAGGCCGCACCAGGUGCGAGGCGGCCCUCUGACGAUACGAGUGGCAAGGAGAACCAGCCUCAACCUAGCACGAGUGGUCUAGCUGGUACUGGUUCUAGGUACGCCCGGACACAUACUGAGUCGACUGGGUCUGAUAUAAGCAUGUUUAAUCCUACCGGUGCAUCUACCCCACGUCGCAGAAGUAAUUCCGGCGAGCAGGAGGAAAACGGAGCCUCUGCUACUGCAGAUACGGAGAAAAAACCAUCCAGUUAAAGAAGACUUGCUAAGAUGUACAACUCGAUAUCAGCAUAUGUAUCAAUCUCACAAUCCACUCUAUAUUAAGCAGGGCCAUAACAAAAAAACUGCUUACAGACUGGUGACCCACUGAUUCGUGCAAUCUUAUCGAGUUCGACAAAUCAUUUAUGUUAUUUUUGUUUGGUUUCACUUAUCGUAUCUGUUAAUUUGCGUAAAGCUAGCCCAAUACAGCAUUGAGGAUCGAAUGCAUAUUCGCUCCUUUACUUGCCAUUUUCCUCAAGGAAGAAGGCAGUCUUUUAGAUCUGAAGCCCAUGUAUUGCAUCACUGUCGCCUUUACUACAUGUGUAAAGGAGUCUCAAACCUUACGGAAGUCCCCGGUGAAUCUUGCUCAAACUUUGGGAAUAUGCUCUCCAGAGCAUCCUGAUCAAAAGUUCUCCUGGACUCUUAACAAUCCUAUGAAGCAUUUCCAUUAUAUACACGGGGUCCCAAGCAUGCAAGGACGGAGUAUUGCUCCUAAAUAAAAUCUUAACAAAGAACCAUGGGUUAUUAUACAUGGUAUCCGAGGACACAUUUCUAAAAUACUCACAAUUAUAUAGUGUGCCCCAAUUUUGCACAAAAGGCUCGUCUGUAGAAAGUUAUGUAUCACUGGCAUUGUAAAAGAGAUUAGUGAUCAAUGUUCACGUGAUACUUUGUAUUGUCUGUGUAUAAAUACACAUUCCACAUGAAUCGUCAAAUUAAUAAUUGACAACAGGCGGUAAUAAGGACGACUCAGGUUGAAAAAGGCUGCCUUCUUUGAUUUGUGACAACUCUCAUGUCCAUGUGACAGCAAGGUGGUCUGAAAAUACGUGUACUCAGCUUCCACCGCAAUGAGGCGUCCUAAAGAAUAUUGCUCACGAAAUAUGUGUAAAUAGGAUUGAAUCAUAAUGAGAUAAUUUUACAGGCAAGUUCCGUUCCAUAUUUAUGAUUUCUGUACAUUUCAGGUGUAUAAUUGAUAGGAAAUUUUAAUUUUUUUGUAAUUAUAGAAUUGAGACAUGGAAGAAGAGGUGUGUUUUCUGCUCUUCAGUUACAUUUUUAUGCCUUUGUGCAUUUCAGCUAAUUUGUUUAUAAUAAAACUGAUCGCAAAUUUUGAAUGUCUUGUAAUUAUAGAAUUGAGGCAUGGAAGAAAAACUGAAAUGUUUCUGUAAAUAUCUGCGAAAUGUAUUUCAGAGGAAGAUUUAAAAAGCGAUGAUGUUAGAAGUUCGCGUGUCCAGUCAAUAUAUGCUUGAAGCCGUGUUGAUAUGUUAUCUUAGCUAGAACAUUUUCUAUAUAAAACCAAAUUGUAACUGUCAUGGGUGUAUAGAAAAUAGCAUGGGGUGCCAUUGCAUUAAAUAUUUUUAAUAAUUUUUCAUAUAUUUUGUAUUAAAAAGUGUGUGGUUAAUAAGCAGCAAUACACUGUCACUCAAAAACGCAUGUAUCAAUUUUGUUUUGUAUAAUAUCGUUGUAGAAUAAUUUUCUCCUAGCAUAGCAUUUUAUUGUUACAUGUAUAUGAAAGCUCACUAUUUUUAAAACUCGCACCGACUUCACGUAUCGCUUUGGCAUCGGUUGAGUUUUUUAUUUUUGUGUAAGUUUGUAUGUAUAUACGUUUCUUUUAAGCUGAAGGGUCUUUAAUUUGCUUCGUUUUAUAAGAAUACAUCAGUUUAAUUUUAAAUGUUUGUAUACUAUUUCUAUUCUUCUAUUUUAAAUGUUCUAAAUCGCGUUCAUUUGAUGAGAGCAGUGAUCAUCACUAACAAACCUGGCCAACGCACUUACCCAAUUUCUCAUAUAGAUUUAUUGCCGAUUCCAAUAGUAUUUAUGUCCACAUACAGGGCUUAAAAACCUAAGUUCACUACACCCAAGCCUGUCAAAACUAUAUUAGAUCCACAUUUAUAGUCGACCCUCGAAGGUUGAUCAACCCUUGAAUUCAAAACCAUCAGGCAUGUCCAUUUUAUUUCACCAGCGUGUCUGGAAGUAUCCUUGAUACUUUUCGUUUAAUUAUUUAUGUUGUGGGUAGAGAUAGCUGAAAAACAAUGUUGUCAGUUGCUUUUUUUGGUCAAAAAACGCAUUUUUUGUGCAUUUUUUCUUCGAUCGUACAAAUACAGCUCUAAAAUUGUAUGUGAAUAUUUCAUUUUUAUGCGAGAAUGAAGCAGGUUACUUGUUUUCUCAUCAGUUUAUCUCUUAAUAAAACCUUUGCUUUUCUUGAAAACUUAAUUUGCUGCAAAAUGGGGUUUCAGAAAAAUGAAAAAGUUUUCUUUAGAGGAAAAGUGAUAAUAAAAGUAAUCGUCUGCUUCAUUCUACCAUAUAAGUUGAAUGUUCUCACAUACAAUUUCAGGGUUGAUUGAAGAAAAAAUGCUUUUUUGUCAAAAAAAAAUGAUAACAUUGUUUUUUAGCACAUACCAAAAUCAGAUGAUGAAAAUGACUAAGAACACUACUCGAAACAGGCAGUUGAAAAAAAGGCAUAUGCGACCAAAUCAAUUGCAUUUCAUAGUAGUUUGUAACAGUUAUCACAAGUUUUUGUAUUUUUAAUUUUCAAGUGUGAUUCUUUUUUUUCCAUGGUUUAUUUGUUUAAAUAAGAACUGUAAAAACUGAAAAAAUUGAAAAUUCUCUUCGGGGUCGAUUAUAAAUGUGGAACCAAAAUUCCUUCACUCUGCAGCGUCCAAAAAUGAUGCCACAAUCUGUCUCCCAACUUGUUGAGAUGUUUUAAUUUUUGAAUUCAGUCUGGUCUUCUCUCAUCACCAUGCAUCACUCAAGGUAGGUUAUUUAGUCACUCUUUGUGUACAAACAAGCCACCUUAGGGUCAAAAACAAAAUAAACAUGAGUACCACAGUCUGAAAGGUACACAAGAGGAUUAAUUGUAACUUACCUUGCGUUCUGAAAAAAAAUGUGAUAGUUUUAUAAGUAGUUUUAGCUCUCUUGUAUAUGGUAAGUGCUACAACUUAUUUGAAAGUUUCCAAUAGUAUCACUCAGGUGACUUUUUUUUGUUUUAUAAUUCACUACCUAUUUUUGUUAAUUUAUACUAGUAAUAGUUUUCCGUUUCCAAAAUCAAACGUAAGUAUGCAUGUUUUGAAAGAAAUCAGUCGAGUAGCUAGUUUCAUAUACAGGCCUCAUUAAAAUUAACAUAUUUUUGUUCUUUUCAUCUGAGUUUCAUCUUUGGAGUUUGCCCAGAGUUCUUCCAUUUUAUAUAUUUUUACUUCAAGCUGUUAUUCGGAAGGUUCUAGACGCUUGUAAAUACUUUGAAAUAAACAACAAUAGUCUGAAGAUUGAAAAGAUUAGACAACAGUGCACUUACAUACAAUGAAGCACUGUUAUUCAGGUGUAUCUCAAUAUUUUUUAGUGAAACCAUUAAACCAAUAAAUGGUAAGACUGUGUGAUCUAAAUUUGUGAAUUAUACGUAUAAUCAAAGGCUAUGCCUCUAACAUAGGAUUCUUUUCUGUCAAUGCAUUUACCUAAUCCAAAAUUAAGAGGAAUAUCUCUCUGUAGCAAAAUUUUUCGUGUAACUGGUUAAUUUUGCUUCAAAGGUCCGUGUUAUCACAAUUUAUUUACAGAACGUGGGCCAAUGUCAAUAUGGCGCUCAGUGUAUUUUGUUGCCAUACUUCACUGCCUCGAAAGUUAUACUUUUUUUAGUUAAGGAAUUCACAAAAAAUUGUGAUAAUGCGUGUUUAUUCUAAGUUUUCUUGUCUAUAUCCUUGCAUUUAAAUAAUGUAUUAUAGUAAUUUAAGCUUAAAUUAACCGUGCUCUGGAAGUGCGGUUGACGUUUUGUAUUCCUAUGACUCUAAAAAACACAAAAAGAAUAAAAACUCC